AGCGGGAGAUUUCACGUUGCACAGGUCUCUCGGGCAGUGUGGGUUCAAUUAUUUCUCCCCCCGGGGCCGGGGAGGCUGUGACAGCUGUCUCGUCUGCAGGCGGAUCUGUUCUGAAGCACGGUGCUGAAUUUAAUUUGUUUGAGCAGCACAAUGCAGUCCCACGAGAACCAGGGCAGGCGAAACGGUUUGGAAGAGGAUAGAAAAUUGGUGUCGGGGAUGUCGGAGGUGGCGCAGGAGUCGAAGGUCAAGCCGGUGGUGCCCAUGAAGCCGUCGGCCAUGGGCUCCCAGCUACUGGGCUACGUGGGCAUCGACACCAUCAUCGAGCAGAUGCGUCGAAAGACCAUGAAGACCGGCUUUGACUUCAACAUCAUGGUCGUGGGGCAGAGUGGUUUGGGAAAGUCCACCCUGGUCAACACUCUCUUCAAGUCUCAAGUCAGUCGGAAAUCCUGCGGGAGGAAUCGUGAAGAGAAAGUCCCAAAAACUGUGGAGAUCAGAACAGUCGGACACGUCAUCGAGGAGAAGGGGGUGAAGAUGAAGCUGACGGUGAUUGACACGCCAGGCUUUGGAGAUCAGAUCAACAACAACAACUGUUGGGAGCCCAUCGAGAAGUACACCAGCGAGCAGUACGAGAAGUUCCUGAAGGAAGAAGCCAACAUCUCGCGGAAGAAGCGUAUUCCCGACACCCGUGUUCACUGCUGCCUGUACUUCAUCUCCCCCACCGGUCACUCGCUGCGGCCCCUGGACGUGGAGUUCAUGAAGCGCCUGGGGAAGAUCAUGAACAUCAUUCCCGUCAUCGCCAAAGCUGACACCAUGACGCUGGAGGAAAGGCACGACUUUAAACUGAGGGUCCGGAAAGAGAUGGAGUCGAACAAUAUCGAGUACUACCCACAGCGGGAAUUUGAUGAGGACAUGGAGGAUAAGACGGAGAACGACAAGAUCAGGGAAACCAUGCCCUUUGCCAUCAUCGGCAGUGACACGGAAUAUCAAAUAAACGGGAAAAGAGUCCUGGGGAGGAAAACCCCCUGGGGGAUCAUUGAAGUUGAGAACGUCACUCACUGCGAGUUUCCUCUUCUCCGGGACCUCAUCGUCAGGACCCACCUCCAGGAUCUCAAGGAGGUGACCCACAACAUUUUCUACGAGACGUACCGGGCGAAACGUCUGAAUGAGAACGGGAACCUCGGCACCGGCGCGGAGGAGGUCCACGAGAGCAACCUCUGAAGCUGCCCCGACCCAGCCAAGCCUCCGCCCCACACCCCCUGUGUCUGAGCUCACUUUUGUAACAGGUCUAUUGUAGAGGUACAGCCGAAACACAAAACUACCGUUUACCAGAGUGGGGAGGGGUCUGCUCUCUGCUCUGUACUUUAAGAGUGAAUGUGAUUCCUAUUGAAUUGUUGAUUUAAUGUUAAUCUUCCCAAUACCCGUCAACCUCAAGGCCUGAUGAUACCACUCCCCCUGGACUUUCCCAUGUUUAGUUUUAGUUUAGUUUAGAGAUACAGCGCGGAAACAGGCCCUUCGGCCCACCGAGUCCGCACCGACCAGCGAUCCUCGCACACUAACACUAUCCUACA